ACUAUCAUUUCACAAUUGAAGUUCAAUCAAGAAGGUAACAUGUUCCCAAUUUGGAUCACUCUGACGCUCUAUUUCAGCAUUGGCUUUGCAGCAAAUCGUGACGUAAGGUCAAGGGUUAAUUGUUCGACAAUGCUCAACAAGCAGCUGUCCCAUCUUCAUUCAAAUAUGUGGAAAAUCUCCAAGUCAAACGAGGUUUAUCUAAAGGAGAGCGUUUUCCUAACCACUUUUGAAACAAGAUGUUUCAAAGAGAGAUGCUUCACACGGACUUCUUUGGCAAAACAUGUUCCAGUACCUAAAUCUUGUCCAGAUGGAUGGAAGUCGAGAAAGGGAAGUUGUUAUCAAGUGUUCACUGAUAAAGUGAACUGGUUUCAGGCCCAGAUGAAUUGCCGAAGAUAUGAUAGCACCCUUGCUCAAAUUGAGGAUGAACUUGAAAACCAAUGGUUAAAUAAACAAUAUCCUGAUGUCAAAACAGCAACAUGGAUCGAUGCUGUUGAUUUAGGAAAAAAUGGUGUGCGGAUGUGGUUUUCAUCCGGUAAAUCUGUUACCCAUUUCCCUUGGGACAAUGGCCAACCAAGCAAAUAUAAAUCAUCGGAGAACUGUGCACUCACAUUCCAUCUAGGCAGAGCAAAAUGGCAUGAUGCAUUUUGUACAUCUAGCUAUAACUUUAUGUGCGAGAAAAAGAUUAAUUUGUGAAAUUUUUAUUCUUUAUUUCAUGUUAAUAAAUUUACACAGAUGGA